AUGCAGGAAUAUCACCUUGACGCCUCCAUUCUCACCCAAGCUGCUACUAAAACGAUCAUCAUCACUGGCGCAGCCAAUGGCAUCGGCGCCGCAACAGCGACUUUGUUUAACGCGCGCGGGGCUAACGUAGUCAUUUCUGACUUGGAACCAUGUCGUGAGAAGGCCAAGUCUCUCAUUCAGUCCUUCGACCAUCCCGACCGCGCAGUCUUCAUCUCAGCGGAUAUUCUCAACUGGACUGACAUGACCACGCUAUUCAAACAGGCUGCGCAGAAAUUUGGAUUGGUCGACAUCGUAAUCGCUAAUGCCGGAACUAUGGAAUCUAGCCCGGUCCUAGACCUGAAUGAUGUUGACGGCGAGGGAAAUCUGAGAGAGUCAGCCGAGGGAUUUAGGGUGAUUGACAUCAAUCUAAAAGGGACAUUGAAUACUAGCACGACAAGUCGACUAAUCACCGAAGAGAAAGCCCUCCGCCUCGCAAUGCAUCACAUGAAAUCCAAUAGAACGCCCGGUUCGAUCGUGCUAUUAGCGUCCACAUCUGGCCAUUUCGGUGGUACGGGGGUUGCAGCCUACGUGGCCUCCAAACACGGCGUCAUCGGGCUUCUGCGAGCUUCUCAGCAGACAGCAGAAAAGCACAGGAUCCGAGUCAAUGCCGUCGCGCCUUUUUUCACGCCGACACACAUCACGGCUGGGUUUGCGCAGAAGUGGAAAGAGGCUGGCUUGGAUGCGAACACGCCGCAGGGCGUGGCGGAGGCGAUUGCGAAUAUCGCGGUGGAUGAGGGGGUCAGGGGAGAGUGUAUUCUUGUCGCGGGAAAGUAUCUCCGGCAGAUGGAGUCCACCAGAGCGCGGCUCCUUCCUGACUGGUUGGGCCAGGACGUGGCCGCGUUCAUGGGCCGAGCCAUGCAGUUCUUCGUGGACAUCGGUGGCUAUGUCUUACCUCAAUGGCGCAGCUGA